AGUCGACAAUGACCUCUCCUCGUCCCUCGCCUCGACCUGUCAAAUAAUUAAGCUGUCAGUUGGUUGACAGCUGUUCGUACUUUGAUAAUUUCGUUCAGAGUAUAGAGGGAAUUUUUGUUGGAAUUUUGUUUAGAUACCUAGGUUUGUUAUUUUAUUUUCUUCUAAAUGAUUCAGAAUCAGAAACGAAGUGUUGUUUUGGCUGGGAGAGCCCGAGAGAUGGUCCACAAUGUAGACAAAUACUUUGAGAACAAUAAAAAACAGUGUUGCAUUGCUGGAAGAAAUGAAGACAACGAGCGUCCUAUCAAGGCCAGAUGGAGAUAUAACUGUGACUCGUGAAGUAUACGCAAGCAUUUUGAAAACCCUGCAAACCGCUAUCAGAGUGGCUGAACGAGUCCAUUUGGCCACUGUUACUAAUUACUACUAACGCUAUACUACUGGAUAGCAAUGGAGGAUUUCACGUCUUUGCUGCCAGUUUCUCCUGUUCUCACCAAUGAGCUACUCAGUGAAGCUCUGACAGAAUGGUUUAAGGAGCCUAUGACUUUUACACAUUGGGAGUAUGUUGGAGGCAUGGGAAAAGGAGACUCUUUUCUAAGCGAAGUGAUUCGAAUCAAAAUCUACGGUGACUCAAACGGCACAUCGAAAUAUGUGCAAGUUGUACUCAAAAACAUUCCCAAAAACGUGUGCAGACGUUUAACAUACAGAAACGACGAAUUCUUCAGAAACGAAAUCAAUUUCUACCAGAAAGUCAUUCCGAAAUUACUAGAAUUUCAAUCUAGUAAGAACGUCUCAGAUCCUUUUACAGGAUUUACCAAAUUAUUUCUUGCAUAUAGUGACGGUUUAAAUGACGUCGUAUGCCUUGAAGAUGCAAACGUCGAAGGGUUUGGAGGCCAUACUUCGCGACAAGAAGGCAUCGAUUUUGAACAUUGCAAGGUGACGAUGAAAACUUUAGCCCAAUAUCAUGCAUUAUCCUUCGCUAUAAAGGAUCAAAAACCGGAAUUGUUGGACAGGAUAAGUGAUGCUAUUUUCGAAACUUACUAUGAUCCCAGGCUUUGGGAUUGGUAUAAAAGAUUUUGGAAAAGAAUUUGCGGUAUUGCAAUCGAUGCUGUUGAAAAGGAGUAUCCAAAUUCCAUAUACCUAGAGAAAGUCAAACAGUUUGCUGUACCGGAGAGGUAUGAAGAUAUGAUUCGGGCUGUAAGAGAUAAAACCAAUGGCGUUAUAUCGCAUGGAGACUGUUGGACAAAUAAUUUUUUGUACAAAUACAAUGGCACUGGUCCGGUGAGCGCUAAGAUUAUUGACUUCCAGCUGGUUCGAUGCGCCAGUCCAGUGUUAGAUGUCGCAUUCUUCAUUUACGCUUGCACUGACCAGGUUUUGCGGGAAAAGUAUUACGAUGACCUCCUAAAAUAUUACUACGAGGUCCUGUCUGGACAAAUCAGGCAGUUGGGCAGCGACCCUGACAAGGUUUACUCUGUGGAGACAUUUAUGCAAGAGAUUAAAAAGUAUUCCUACUUCGGCCUUGCCUUCAGUUUCGAGUCCACACCGUUUAUUGUGUUAGCUCCUGAAGACGCAAUAAGUAUGGAUACUGUGCAGGGUGAUAAAAAGUUGAACAUCGAGGACUUUUGGCAAAUACCACCCUUCAAGACCAAGGAGGGUCGCUUGAGGGAGGUCAACAAUAUAGUGCACUGUGUGGACAGAGGCUACAUAUAAAGCGCAUAAAAUAUAAAUAUAAGCGCAUAUAAAGCUGCAUAUCAUAGAAUAAGUUUUCAGAAAAUUCAUUGUCAAACUGUCCCUUGCCAUCAUGUUGGUAUCAUAGCAGUUCACACUAUAAUAAACUAC